UUCAUGUAACCAUGGUGACGUGAUGAAACACACACACACACACGCAGAUUAUAUGCACAUGUGUGUGUGUGUGUGUGUGUGUGUGUGUGUGUGGUUUUUGUGAAGGUGAUGAUUUUGAGUGAAUGAUGUCAGUGUCUCCAGAACCAGACGGGAACUGGACCAGACUGAAACUGAACCAGACUGGAACUGGACCACACCCAGUACAGAACUCAGGGGAGGAAAAUGAAAGGCGUCGCCACCAUGUCUGAUCGUUUCGCUUGUUUUUAUUGCCGUGACGACCUGAACGGUAAGAAGUACGUACAGAGUGACGCCAGGCCGGUGUGUGUGCGCUGCUUCGACAAAUUCUGCGCCAACACCUGUAACGAGUGUCGCCGCCCUAUUGGCACCGACUCCAAGGAACUGCACCACAGGGGGCGCUACUGGCACGGCGACUGCUUCCGCUGUGCUAAGUGCUUCAAGAAUUUAGCUAAAGAGUCGUUCAGCCUGAAGGACGAGCGGAUCCUGUGUGAGAAAUGCAGCUCACGUGAGGACGCGCCCCGCUGCCACGCCUGCUACAGACCCAUCCUGACAGGUUCGGAACAUGUGGAGUAUAAGGGCGACGUGUUUCAUGACGAGUGUUUCACCUGCUAUCAGUGUCACAAACCCAUCGGCUCUCAGUCCUUCAUCACCAAGAACGAGAACGUUUACUGCACUUCCUGUCACCAGAGGAAGUUCGCCAAACACUGCCGGGGCUGUGAGAAGGUGAUCACGGCGGGUGGAGUGACCUAUCAGGAGCAGCCGUGGCACUCGGAGUGUUUCGUGUGUUUGGUGUGUAAGAAGUCGUUAGCAGGAAGUCGCUUCACCUCCAACGAUGAGAAACUUUACUGCGUCGACUGUUACAAAACAGACGUGGCCAAAAAAUGCAACGGCUGCAGGAACCCCAUCACUGGUUUUGGGAAGGGCACCAGCGUGGUGAACUAUGAGGGAGGAACGUGGCACGAUUAUUGUUUCACCUGUAAGAAAUGCUGCACCAACCUCGCCGAGAAACGCUUCAUCUCCAACGGUGGAGACGUCUACUGCACCGACUGCUCCAAGAAACUCUAAACACCCGAGAUACACCCGAGAUACACCAGAGAAACUCUGAUCUGAUUGAAUCUAAUCUAAAAUAAUCUGAUCUGGUUGAAUCUGAUCUGGUUGAAUCUGAUCUGGUUGUGCUGGAGGUUGGAGAGUUUGGAUGUAAAUCAGCUCCUCUGGUGUUUCCUGCUGAAGUGACGCAGCUCAGAAAUCUGAAGACGUUGAUCUAUUAAACACUUUAAUAAUCACAUUUAUUUACUCAGCUUGAUCUUUUUUUUAAUCUUUUAUUGAUUCUGCAGAUGUGAAACUGAUGAUUAAAUAAUAAAUAAUAAAUGAUUACUGUGGUGUUUUCAGCAGUUAAUAAAUGUAAAAAUAAAUAAAGAA